AUUUUUGUAUAUUUUAUCAAACAAAAAACAAGUUUUAAAAAUGGUAUUUUUAUGCUUUUAUAAUUUAGUUAAUUUCGAUAAUCUAGUAUUAUAUUCUUCAUUUUCAUCUUGUGAUCAUUAAAACUUGUUAUGCAACGUUGGUUUUUCUUGCAAGAACAAAAGAAACUAAAAAAACAUAGACCUAAGGUUAUCCAAGGAAUGUCUGCUCAAAAAGAAAAACUCGAAAAUCUAGUUAUGUCCCAAGAAUGGGUGUUUACUGUUUUGGUUCCUAAUUUAGGACCAAAAGAACGGGUUUAUCUAUCUGGUAGUACGGCAGAACUGGGUGAAUGGGACGUAAAGAAGAUUGUUCCACUGGAACCGAAAGAAGGUACAGAUUUAUGGAGUACAAAGGUAACAAUACCUAACACUUGUGAUGUUUUUUAUCGUUACGCCAUAUGUCUAGUCAAUGAAGAUACAAAAACUGUAUUUGUUAGGAGAUGGGAGGUCAACAUCCAUCCCAGAGUUAUUAAGGAAAGUGCCCAAAACCCUUCCACAGAUAUAUUUGGAGAAUUCAAAGGUGAUCAAAAAAUUAAUCGAGGUUGGCUUACAACUCAAACUUUAGUGCAAUUUAAAUUCAUGAAUGAGCCAUUAAAAUUCAAGAGUCGUCUUACAAACAGAAUAAUGCUUAUUAAAGUGACACCAGUUAACUUGUCAUUUGGUACGGAAGGCCAUCAUGAGGACUCACAAAGUACGGACACCCAAGAGGGGGAAAGUCCUCUUGGAGUCACUGUAGAAGUAUCCACACUGGACAAUGAUCCUCAACUUUGCCAGUUACAACCACAAGCACAAUUUGGCCGAGAAUAUAGAGCUAAUGAUGUUCUUCUCAUUAAUGUGUUUGCCCCAGAUCACAAGAUCUUAGCCUACCUUAUUGACUUCUAUUCACACAGCAGUCGUGCAGCCAUGGAUGAUCCUCCAUAUCAUGUUGGAUACACAUAUGUUUUACCAAAUAUGUUUAAACCAUCUGAAGGUGCCCUGGAGUUACCAGUAACUUGUAAUGUUAAACAUAGACCUCUUGGUACUAUAAAUUUUGAAUAUCUUAUUGUUCAUCCAUUAAAAGAAAAUAUCUGCAACAUGCAAGUGUCAUAUGCAAAGCACUGGGAUCCCACAUGGACAGGUCUGGAAGUUGGUCAUCGAGGUUUAGGUGCAAGUUUUAAAACUAAAGAAGGAAAUGCUAUUCGUGAAAAUACAAUAGCUUCCCUAAAACAAGCCGCUGCCAGUGGGGCAGACUUGUUGGAAUUUGAUGUUCAGCUAAGUAAAGAUAUGAUACCAGUCAUAUAUCAUGACUUUCAUGUAUGUAUUUCAAUGAAACGAAAAAAGGAGGUUGAUUUUGCAGAGAUGCUAGAAUUGCCUGUCAAGGACCUUACUUUGGAGCAUCUGCAAAAACUCAAGGUUUAUCAUUUAGUAGAAGGUCGUAACCACGAAAUUCUGUUCUUUGAUGAAGAUUUAGAAGAACAUCAACCUUUCCCUACAUUGGAAGACACUUUAAAGAGCAUUGACAUGCAUGUUGGAUUCAAUAUUGAACUAAAAUGGACAAUGGAGCUAAAUGAUGGCACAUUUGAAUUGAACAAUCCAUUUGACAUGAAUGUUUAUGUUGAUAAGGUUCUGGAAGUAGUUUUGAAAAAUGCAGGGGAAAGGCGUAUUGUAUUUUCUUGUUUCAACCCUGACAUUUGCACAAUGGUCCGUAACAAACAGAAUAAAUAUCCAGUAAUGUUUUUAACUGUUGGUGUUACAAACAAAUAUCAACCAUAUAGAGAUCCCCGAUGUUUGAACAUCCCUGCAGCCGUACAGAAUGCCAUCAGCUCUGAUAUUCUAGGCAUUGUGGUUCACACAGAAGAUUUAUUGAGAGAUCCAACUCAGGUAAAACUUGCCACUGACGCCGGACUUGUCAUAUUUUGCUGGGGCGAUGAUAACAAUGACAAAAAUACCAUCAAAAAAUUGAAGGAGAUGGGACUACACGCCGUUAUCUAUGACAAGCUCGAUCAAUUCACAACAAAACAAGUAAAGGAGAGCAUAUUCUUGGUGGAGGCGCGCGAGUCGCAGCGGGAGCUGAUGACGCUGGCCGCCAUGGAGGAGCUGUCCCCGUCCGGCGCCUCCUCCGCCUCCUCCGCCUCGCACAGUAGCUUUGAGCCCACACAACAGACCUACCUCGACCUCGACGUGCGCAACCACCUGCAGCAGCACUCCACCGUCACCUCGCUAGAGUCUCUCGCAUCCUCCAUCGAUCUCAGGGACGAAGUCAAUGACAGGAACUUAAAACGUAACAGAGAAAUCAUUAUGAACAUCGAGAAAGAGUCCCAAGUUAAAGAACAAAGGAAAUCAUUUUUAGGUCUCUUCCCCUCUGGAGAUACUGCGAAGGGAUCGCCCAAGAAGUCUCGUAGAGAUAGUUAAUAAUACUCUCUAUUGUAUGCUUUAUUCAAAUAUAUUUCAUUUUUUUAUUACAUUUGCUCAAUUUUAAAUAAUUUAUAUGUAGUUGCUACGACGUAUUUCAUUCAUUGCUUUAUAUACUU